AUGAGUUCCUACUUUGUAAAUCCUCUCUUUUCCAAGUACAAAGGCGGCGAAUCGCUGGAACCAACUUACUACGACUGCAGAUUUCCACAAAGUGUUAGCAGGAGCCAUGCUCUCGUUUACGGUCCGGGCACCACAGCUCCCACCUUCCAGCACCCAUCACAUCACGUCCAAGAGUUUUUUCACCACGGAACCUCCAGCAUCUCCAACUCUGGAUACCAGCAAAACCCGUGCGCCUUGGCGUGUCACGGAGACGCUUCUAAAUUCUAUGGAUAUGAAGCUCUGCCCAGGCAAUCGCUUUAUGGUGCUCAGCAAGAGACGACUGUUGUACAAUAUCCUGACUGUAAAUCGUCUUCCAACAGUAACUCUAGCGAGGGACAAGGGCAUUUAAAUCAAAAUUCGUCUCCCAGUCUCAUGUUCCCAUGGAUGAGACCUCACGGUUAG